AUGGCCAGCAGCUGCUGUGGGGUCAAGAAACAGAAACUCAACAAUUCUAUGCCUUCUAUAUGUAACGGAUCUUUACAAUCUGGACAUUCUAGUUACCACAAAAAUGGCUAUUCCGUCGUGCUGCCAGAAAUGUGUUACUUCUGUUUCGACGUUCUUCACGGACAUUUACACAACUACGAGCUGGCGAGAGCUGCCCCACCUUUCACGAAUGAGGCCUAUCCACUGUUUGUGACCUGGAAGUUAGGAAGAGAGCGAAGACUUCGUGGAUGUAUAGGCACUUUCUCGCCAACUUCUCUACACAGUGGUCUCAGGGAAUAUGCAGUAACCAGUGCAAUGAAGGACAGCCGAUUCGAUCCAAUCACCAAAGAGGAGUUUCCUAAGCUUCACUGUUCUGUGUCUCUACUGACUCAUUUUGAGGAUGCUGCAGAUUACAUGGACUGGGAGCUGGGUGCUCAUGGAAUUCGUAUAGAAUUCAUCAAUGAAAAGGGUCACAAAAAGACAGCAACCUACCUUCCUGAAGUUGCAGUCGAACAAGGCUGGGAUCAAAUACAGACUAUUGACUCACUCCUACGUAAAGGUGGUUUCAAGGGACCAAUCACAAUCGAAGUGCGCAAGUCUAUACGACUGACUCGUUAUCGCAGCGAAAAAAUCACCAUUGCCUAUACCGACUAUGUUGCUCAGAAGCAGAACGGUAAUGCAUGA